CAAACAAGUAUUAAUAAUUCUGCUAUGAGGCAGAGAGAGGGAGAGAGGCGGCUCUGUUGUUGAUCUUCUUCUCCGGAGAGUCUUAACUCUGUGUAAAGCAAAAUGAUGCGUUCCGUUGACGUCUACGUGAAAACCCUAGGCCCUCCCGUCCGUUCAAUUCUCUACUCGAUCUUUAACUCUAAGCAGAAACCGCCGUCGCUUUCGCUUCCAUUGCACUUGUCGCUGCGUUCGUCGUCGAAUACUCCCACUCGUUGUUUCUCCAAUGUCCAAGCGAUAUCCAAUUCUCCGAUUUACGGAAUCCGAAAUCUCUUCACUGCGACUGCCAGGGCUAUCUCUUCGUCUACGACGGCGCCCGUCGCUUCUGUUCAGCAGCAGCAGCUUCAGAAUCAGCAUUCAGAGGAGGUUGAUGAUGAGAUUUCUAAGGGCUUAGAGGACGAAGCCAAGCUUUCUAUUCCUGUGCGAGCUUAUUUCUUCUCCACUAGCGUUGAUUUGAGAAGCUUAAUUGAGCAGAACAAGCAGAACUUCAUCCCACCUACUUCGCGUAUGACUAACUAUGUUGUUCUUAAGUUCGGCAAUCAUUCUGAUCCCACUGGUACUACUCAUGGACGCAUAAGUGGGAGUGAGUGUAUCUACAUGGUAGUAUUUCAUUAUGGAUCGAUUGUCUUGUUUAAUGUAAGGGAACAUGAGGUUGAUGAAUAUCUUAAAGUAGUGGAGAGGCAUGCCUCUGGUUUGCUUCCAGAAAUGAGAAAAGAUGAAUAUGAAGUAAGAGAGGAUCCAAAUCUGGACACAUGGAUGAAGGGAGGACGGGAUUUUAUCAGGUUGCAGUCCUUGUAUAUUGAUGGGAUCAGAACCAUAGGCAGUGUUCUGGGCCAGAGUAUUGCUCUGGAUUACUAUGGCCGCCAGGUUGAUGGUAUUGUAGCAGAAUUUACUGACAUAAACCGUCAGUUGGAGAUAACAGGAACGUUUACAAUGAAAACGAAAAAGCUGUUCCAGUUGGUUGGAAAGGCUAAUUCUAAUCAGGCUGAUGUGAUUCUGAAGCUUGGUCUUUUUGAGAGGUCAGAUAUAGCUUGGAAGGAUGCGAAAUAUGGUCAGAUAUGGGAGUUUCUGAGAGAUGAAUUUGAACUGACAGAGAGUUUUGCAAACCUUGAUUAUAAGCUCAAGUUUGUUGAGCACAACGUUCGUUUCCUUCAAGAAAUACUUCAGAACAGGAAAUCAGCUUCUCUGGAGUGGCUAAUCAUUAUCCUGAUUAGUGUUGAGAUCGCGAUUUCUUUGUAUAAUAUGUCCACGACAUCCUUGUGAUCGAUCAUCCUCUGCCAUUUCUAAAGCAUAUUCAUAUUCUUUAUUAUGGUUACCACUUUUCUUGACAAUGUAAAGUGAUAACAAAGCUCAUAAAUAAUAACUUUAAGAAUGAGUUUAGGAGUUAGGACUAAAUUUGUUACAGGCUCUCUUUGCAGUGAAGCGUCUGCUUCUUUAUUGCUUCUUUUCAGUCCAACAAGACUUGUUUAUGCAUAUAAAAUCAUUUUUUUCAC